AUGGCGGCUGUGCAAGAUGGUCAGCUCAAUCUGGAGGUCGAAAAAGACAUAAAAACAGAAAUAACAAACGAUGAUUCGGGAAAUAUCAAUGCAAACUCUUCGUCACCCGGUUCUACGUCUUCGGGCGGUAAAUCGAAAUCUCCGGCGGGAUCAGGAGAAGAUCAACAGACACUGCUCGCGGUGCUGCAAUUUCUCAAGAGGAAUAAAUUGACGGAGUCGGUCGACAUUUUGCGGCGAGAAGCGGGCUUAUCUGCAGAUGCAGAUGAUUCCCCGAUAUCCGAGUCGGCGGGAGCUGGAUCGAGUGGCGCCCCAAAUGUCGGUGCUGAUGGGGGUGAUGCCAACUCUCUCCUCAGCCGAGUGUCAAUCGCCACCCCCGCCGCACUCCAGGCCACCGCACCCCUCGCGCCACCAAAAGGUCUCGUGCGAUCAUGUUCAAAAGUCAUGCGUAUUGUUUUUAUUUGACUUGUUAGCUAGCUACCCAGCUAAGAUACCAAAUGCAUGAUUAUAACUUUCAUAUUCACAAGGGCAUGCGAUGCAAUUGAUUUGUUAUUGCCAGUUUGCUUACUGUUGAAUGAAUGAGACACUAGAGAGCUUGACAGGCAGUCCUGAAACUGCUGUUUUUGUUCCUCAUAACAGUUGCUGGUAGAUGUAUGAAAACAGUUAUUGCGAUAAGACCAUAGCCGCGGGAAGUAAAAAAACAGAUAUUAUUUUAAAACAAUAGUAAAAAAUAGUAAUAUUUUUUAUCAAAAAUAUUUUCCCACAAAAGUAGUGCACUCGGCCUUUGCUAGUAUAAGCGGACUGAUAUAGAGGUCUGUAAUGUGGGGCAAACAUUUUUCUUCCAGAAUCUCUGCUUUGGCAAAAAAGGUAGUUGUAUAAUUAAGAACAGUAUAUUGCAGAAUUCAAUAGUUGGAAUUGUAAGAGUUGUUGUCCUGUCUCUUUCUCUGUGAUAGUCAUUCUAAUUUUUUUCUAAUCAAUUAUAUCACGGCAACAGUAGUUAUCAGUGUUGUAAUCUAUACGUCUGAUCUGCCACAGUGCCACACUGCCACUAAAUGUCGAAUCAGGCUAAAGUCGUGCUUCAAAUGGCUCCACCCCCUUUUGGGGCGAUUUCAGUCAGAUUGAAAAUCGCCCAGAACUUCUGUCAUAGACUCCCAUGUAAAAUCUAUUUUUUUCAAAUUUCAGAGCCUUCAAUACAAUCUCAAUGGGUGUCUGUGGGCUUGCACUUACACGCUUUCGUCAUACGUUACGUAACCAUGAACGUAACUGAGAAAAGAGUGGAUUGUUUGAAAGAAGUUCCUUUUUGUCGGCGAACAAAUGAAGAUAAAUUGGCAACGAAACAAUUAGGACCUCCCAGACCAAAUUUAAUAAUUCAACAGGUUUCUACUAAAUGCGGAAAGUCCUACACCCGAGGAUUUUCCAAAAAUUGGUACGAACGAAAAAAAGACAUUGCCACUCACUCAACUGGAUGACGAGGGAUACAGGCUAGCUGUCCGCCGCCACAACGAUGAGGUUAGUGUUGAUAAUCACAAGUUUACUGGAUGUGGAUAUGGUGUAAUAAAGGCAGUUUAUUCAGAGGUAAAUAUAUCUGGAAUCGCGUUCACGGACCCGUUCGUCAAACUCUUAAAAAUGAACUUGGGCUGGGAAUUGCAAGGAACCUCACGAUAAGAUAUAUGCAUCAGCAUUGCGAGUCUCAUGAUUCUAUACGUAUUGCGAUUCGAUACUGUGACUUUAUUGCGCACCAUAUGUCUGUUGCAGAGGGAUCAGAAAGCCAUGAGAACGAGUUUUGAUCAGUCAUGGAAAUAAAAGUGCUGAAAACAAAUUGGCUCCCAAUGUGAAAAGAUUGAGAACAAGCUAUGAAGGAACAAUAAUGGUGUUUUGGUGCAGGUACAGCCAACUAGCGCUAAAAUAUUGCGAUAUUGUCAAUACAGUAUAUCGUAAAGUAUCACUAUGUAACUCGAUUUCUUUCACCCCAAUCCCUCAAAUUAACGGUAAAUAACUUAAUUGUUUGCCCCACAUUUAGCUAAGAUGAUUAGCUAGCCAGCUAAAAUGUUUUAGUUAGUUAGCAGUCGCAUCUACAAUAGUUUACUGUCAAUAACAUGUCUCCAAAAAUGACGUGGUGUCUCCAAUUGUGUUGACAUUUUACAAUUGCAAUGCGCAUCCAUGAGUAUCCACUUUCUGUAGCUCAGCUGGUAGAGCAUGGUGCUUGUAACGCCAAGGUAGUGGGUUCGAUCCCCGGGACCACCCAUACACAAAAAUGUAUGCACGCAUGACUGUAAGUCGCUUUGGAUAAAAGCGUCUGCUAAAUGGCAUAUUAUUAUUAUUAUUAUUAUUAUUAUUAUUAUUAUUAUUAUUAUCUGAAGAGAGCCCCGAAACAUUGUGUGCAGACAUUUUAUGCAAUAAAUGAAGUAGGUUCAAUCUAGUAGUUCUGAUCUUCUGAUUGGUCCUGAUGAGUUGGGCGAGGUCCCCUGCAGGCUACUGUCACUGUUGCAUUGGCUCUGAGUCGGGUUCUCUGUCUUCAAAUGUUCAGCCUAAGAGAGGGGAUUUUUGUGUGUGUGUGUGUGUGUGUGUGUGUGUGUGUGUUUAACAGUGAUGAUGUGUGUGUGUGUGUGUGUGUGUUUAACAGUGAUGAUGUGUGUGUGUGUGUGUUUGUGUGUGUGUGUGUGUCCUCAGAGCAAGAACUCGUGAGUUGGAAGAACUGAGAGGCCUAUGGCGUGGGUGUUGUCCUUGGCCACCUGCUGACAAGGCUGACAAGAUAGGACCCUUUUGUCCAUUGUUAUUGGAUAGGAACAGAACUUAUAACCAGCUCCUGACCUAAAUAGAUCUUAGCACAACAUUUUACUCAACAUAUCAUAUUCCAUAUUCACUAUAACAAAUAUAUUUACUACGACAUUAGCAAGAACCGCCACAUCCUCAGCCGGCUAAUCCAGUGUGUGAAGUUUUGCGGAGUGUUUGAGUUAGCUUUGCGAGGCAAAGAUGAAACUGAGGGCUCCACCAACCCUGGUAAGCCAACACUUUUGAGAUCAGUCAAUAAAUGCUUCUGGUAUUGACUUAUAUGCUGCCCCUGUCUUCAUGUUGUUGCUGGACAUAUCUUUUUUUAAAUGUGUGUAGGUCACCUAAAUCAUCAGAAAAAUUGCCCCUCCUGAGAAUUUUUUCAGGAGCCGCCACUGCUAAUGGAAUCCAGAAAGAACAAAACCCUGUCCUCAAACAUUUACAUCAAAAUGUGCAAAGUUAUGGGCAAAGACACAAAACAUCCAGAUCAAAUUAAAUAUUUUCUUGAUAAAAUAAAAUAGAAAAACCACCAUUUACCAUCCUUACAAACCAAUUAAUGUAAAUGUACAUUACUGUAUUGUACACAGGCUGGUCAUCUAGGUUUGUACCUGUAGACUUUCCAUCACCAUGAAGAAAAACAAUGAACAAUACAGUAAUUGAGUACAUUGAGACAUCAAGUGGUUGUGAUGAUGUGGCUCAGUUGGUAGAGCAUGGCGCUUGCAAUGCUAGGAUUGUGGGUUCGAUUCCCAUGGGGGGCCAGUAUGAAAAUGUAUGCACUCACUACUGUAAGUUGUUCUGGAUAAGAGUGUCACCUAAAAUGGAAAAGGAAUGAAUAGACCAUUUCAGUUUUCACAUAGAAGUAAGUUGCAUUUGUAUUUCAAGAAACUGGAAAAACAUAUUUCAAGCAAGUAUUUCUAUGUUCCACAAAUAUCAGAUUAACUGUUUUGUACAGAUAAUGAUCAGACUCAAGUUACAAAUGCAGGUAAACACUCAAAUACAUUUAGUUUAAAUGUUUUCACAAAGUUAGUGCACUGGGCCUUUACUAGUCCUGUCGGCAAAAAAGAAUCGCAGCACCCCAUCCCCAAAACGACUUCCAGUGGCUAUGGAUAAGACCAUAAGUUAUAUUACUAUUAGUUAGCUACUCUAAUAAACUCAAAAAAAUAAACGUCCUCUCACUGUCAACUGCGUUUAUUUUCAGCAAAACUUAACAUGUGUAAAUAUUUGUAUGAACAUAAGAUUCAACAACUGAGACAUAAACUGAACAAGUUCCACAGACAUGUGACUAACUUAAAUUGAAUAAUGUGUCCCUGAACAAAGGGGGGGUCAAAAUCAAAAGUAGCAGUCAAGUAUCUGGUGUGCCCACCAGCUGCAUUAAGUACUGCAGUGCAUCUCCUCCUCAUGGACUGCACCAGAUUUGCCCGUUCUUGCUGUGAGAUGUUACCCCACUCUUCCACCAAGGCACCUGCAAGUUCUCAGACAUUUCUGGGGGGAAUGGCCCUAGCCCUCACCCUCCGAUACAACAGGUCCCAGACGUGCUCAAUGGGAUUGAGAUCCGGGCUCUUCACUGGCCAUGGCAGAACGCUGACAUUCCUGUCUUGCAGAAAAUCACGCACAGAACGAGCAGUAUGGCUGGUGGCAUUGUCAUGCUGGAGGGUCAUGUCAGGAUGAGCCUGCAGGAGGGGUACCACAUGAGGGAGGAGGAUGUCUUCCCUGUAACGCACAGCGUUGAGAUUGCCUGCAAUGACAACAAGCUCAGUCCGAUGAUGCUGUGACACACCGCCCCAGACCGUGACGGACCCUCCACCUCCAAAUCGAUCCCGCUCCAGAGUACAGGCCUCAGUGUAACGCUCAUUCCUUCGACGAUAAACGCGAAUCCGACCAUCACCCCUGAUGAGACAAAACCGCGACUCGUCAGUGAAGAGCACUUUUUGCCAGUCCUGUCUGGUCCAGCGACGGUGGGUUUGUGCCCAUGGGCAACGUUGUUACCGGUGAUGUCUGAUGAAGACCUGCCUUACAACAGGCCUACAAGCCCUCAGUCCAGCCUCUCUCAGCCUAUUACGGACAGUCUGAGCACUGAUGGAGGGAUUGUGCAUUCCUGGUGUAACUCGGGCAGUUGUUGUUGCCAUCCUGUACCUGUCCCGCAGGUGUGAUGUUCGGAUGUACCGAUCCUGUGCAGGUGUUGUUACACGUGGUCUGCCACUGCGAGGACGAUCAGCUGUCCGUCCUGUCUCCCUGUAGCGCUGUCUUAGGCGUCUCACAGUACGGACAUUGCAAUUUAUUGCCCUGGCCACAUCUGCAGUCCUCAUGCCUCCUUGCAGCAUGCCUAAGGCACGUUCACGCUGAUGAGCAGGGACCCUGGGCAUCUUUCUUUUGGUGUUUUUCAGAGUCAGUAGAAAGGCCUCUUUAGUGUCCUAAGUUUUCAUAACUGUGACCUUAAUUGCCUACCGUCUGUAAGCUGUUAGUGUCUUAACGACCGUUCCACAGGUGCAUGUUCAUUAAUUGUUUAUGGUUCAUUGAACAAGCAUGGGAAUCAGUGUUUAAACCCUUUACAAUGAAGAUCUGUGAAGUUAUUUGGAUUUUUACGAAUUAUCUUUGAAAGACAGGGUCCUGAAAAAGGGACGUUUUUUUGUUGUUGUUUAUUUUCAUUCUUCUAACAACUACUUCUGUGCUUUUACAGUGGUGGCAGCAUCAGGUGGGGAAGACCAACCAGACGUCAACGUUGUCUUGUCAGCCUAUAGCCAGCAGGGAGACCCUGUCCUGUACCCACUCUAUUAUAAUGGCCUGAAGAAGUUUAUUGAGUCUGUCCUGGACUGUCACAGAGCCGAACUCUCCCAGGUCUUCUACCCACUGUUUGUCCACAUGUAUCUGGAGCUGGUCUACAACAACCACGAGAAUGAAGCUAAACAGUUUUUUGAAAAGUAAGUGUUGUGGACUGGCAGUGAUUUUGCUCCCUUGCAGCAUCCCCCAAGUUCCAAAGUGCCUGCCUGUCAAGUACAUGUCUUUAUUGAUUUUAGGUCCAACUGGUGUAUUGAUUUGUCAGGGACUUGUAUUGUUCCACAAUCAAAUGGAAAACAACCUGUUCUAUUUCUAACGGCAUAACUUAGUGAUACUGUUACACUAUGCAUGCAUUACUUAGAUGUUAGAUCCACUAACUCUUCUCCCCGCUGUCUCCCUACCUCAGGUUCAGCGGGGACCAGGAGUGUUACUAUGAGGAGGACCUCCGCAUCCUCUCCAGCAUGUCCAAGAAGGAACACAUGAAGGGAAAUGAGACCAUGCUGGACUUCAGGACCAGCAAGUUCGUCCUUCGCAUCUCCCGAGACUCCUACCAGGUAGGUAGCCUUGGUGGGCCAGCAACCGGAGGGUCGCCGGUUCGAAUCCCAGCACUGACUGGGGGAAAAACUGAAAUGUCAAGGUCUCUGUGGCAGUUGACAAUAACGUAUUGUAUGUUAUUUUACUAGCUGCUGAAGAGGCACCUGCAGGAACGUCAGAACAACCAGAUCUGGAAUAUUAUACAGGAACAUCUCUAUAUUGAUAUAUUUGACGGGAUGCCUCGGAGUAAAAGUCAGAUUGAUGCCAUGUCGGGCAGUCUGGCGGGGGAGGCCAAGAGAGAUGCCAACAAAGCCAAGGUGGGUGGGGGUAUGUGUGUGUGUGUGUAGGGGGGGGGAGUGUGUGGAUGUGUGUGUUGGUGUGAGUGAGUGAUGCUGUAUAACUGGGUUGUUUUAAAGGGAUAGUGUUAUCAAUGUAUGUGUGAGCAAGCCAGUGAGCAAUACUUUAUUUUAGAUAUGCAGUACUGUAUAUGCUGAUUGAGAGAAUUAUACUAUCUGUACUGACUACCACUCCUGGAUGUUGUUGUGCAGGUGUUCUAUGGUCUUCUGAAGGAGCCAGAGAUCGAGGUACCUCUGGAUGAUGAGGAUGAGGAGGCAGAGAACGAGGAGGGCAAACCCAAGAAGAAGAAACCUAAGAAGGACAGCAUGGGCUCCAAGAGCAAGAAACAGGAUCCCAAUGCACCUCAACAAACUAGGUACAUCACCACUGACACAUAUUUAUUAGUCAGGGGUCGUAUUCAUUAGUGCACACCCUAGUGAAACGUUUUGCUAGGGGAAAAAAAAAUGUGUGUUUCUUAUUGGACCAGUCCAGGUAGUCCCUGUUUCAGUUAGUUUUCAUUUGGUGCCUAAUGAACACGACCCAGAUUUCCUUAUGUUUCAGAGACCACAAACAACAUUUGUACUGUAUUCUGCACUAGAGUUAGCUACGAAGCUUGUUAGCAUUUGCAGUCCCUCCCCAUUGAAACAACUGUUACUGCCUGACUAUGACUUAUGAAUAAAUUGACCAUGUUACUUUUUAAUAUCCUAGAAUCCCCCUCCCCGAGCUGAAGGACUCUGACAAGCUGGAUAAGAUCAUGAACAUGAAGGAGGCCACUAAGAAGAUCCGUCUGGGCCCAGACAACCUACCCUCAAUCUGUUUCUACUCCUUCCUCAACGCUUACCAGGUCAGACAUGCUUGGAUAUGGAUUUUGAAUGUUUGAAUGACAAAACUUUAUUAGUGUUUCCAUUUAGAAAAAAACUGUUAUUUAACAUUGUGAAUAAAACUUUUAUUCACAGUAUUAUCACAAAACAGAGGUAACCUAUUUGGUCUUGACCUUUGACCUGUAGGGUCUGACAGCAGUGGACUUCACAGAUGACUCCAGUCUGAUCGCGGGGGGCUUCGCUGACUCCACCGUGAGGGUGUGGAGCGUCACACCCAGGAAACUACGCCGGGUCAAAUCUGCAGCAGGUAAAUGACAGUGGUGACCACAGAGAUAAUAUACAAUACAUCACAUGUUCAUCUAAGCACAUGUUAUAACCAAGGCUGAAAGUAGAAUUCCACAAGCCAUUUAUAAACAUUGUUGAAGUUGAGAGCUAAAGCUUGCACAUAAGUUGAUAGUAACCAUGACUUUAAAUCUGCUCCCUCCCUCUCUCUCUUCUCCCUGUAGACCUGAGUAAUAUUGAUAAAGAGUCUGAUGACGUGUUGGAGAGGAUCAUGGAUGAGAAGACGGCCAGUGAGUCUAAGAUCCUGUAUGGACACAGUGGACCAGUAUACGGCAUCAGCUUCAGCCCUGACAGGUAAGAUGUUAUAAAGUGAUAAUUGGGCGGACACUUUCCCAAACUCGUUUUAAACCUGGUCCUGGACUAUGAAGAAUGCUCAAUGGAGCAAUGUCUAAGGCAGGGGUGUCGAACUGAUUUAGCCACGGGGGCCGCAUUCGGUCUUCAAUGAGGUCUGGAGGGCCUCACUGAAAAUGUCUUAUUUCCUUGUCAUCAACAUUUUCUAAAAAAUAGAAUUUUAGUUGCUCCCUGACUGUCUAGUGAUUAUUAGCGAGCUGGACAGUCAAGAAACUACACAGUUUUGAUUUUUUGUUUGACACCCCUGUUCUAAGGGCUUUUUAGUCCAGGACUAGGCUUGAUCUGUGUCUGGGGAAACUGGACCUGGGUGUAUCAUGUAGUGUGGUGUAUUGGACUAAUGUUAAAGGAGAGGCAAGGAUCCAUAGUUUGAAUGAAUUGUUAACUUCAUAGAGAUUUCAAAACACUAGAGUGACUGUCCUUUCUUGUGUUCUUAUUUCUACGGUUAACUUCAAUUCUCCUCUAAUCAUGUAUUUUAGGAACUACCUGUUGUCCAGUUCUGAGGACGGUACGGUCAGAUUGUGGAGUCUGCAGACAUUCACCUGUCUGGUGGGGUAUAAAGGACACAACUACCCUGUCUGGGACACUCAGUUCUCACCCUAUGGGUACUACUUUAUCUCUGGGGGACAUGACAGAGUCGCUCGGUAAGAACCCCUUAUUAAUACCAUACCUAAUGCUUAUAUUAUAUAAUAUUUAAUCAAUUAAUGUUUUAAUGCAACUGAUGAAUGGCACUCUUUGGGCCUGUUUCCUGGACACAUUAAGCCUUUUCCUGGACUAAAAAGGAUGUUCAAUGGAAAUCCUCUAUUGAAAGUGCUUUCAAGGCUUAAUUUAUGUCUAGAGAAAAGCCUGAAUGUAAUUUGGUUUUGUUUACCUGAUGGAUCACAAGAAAACAGCCACUGGUCUUUUGAGGUUAUGUGUUGUCUUCUUCUGCAGUCUGUGGGCGACGGACCACUACCAGCCCCUGCGUAUGUUCGCUGGUCACCUGGCUGACAUCACGUGCACCCGCUUCCACCCCAACUCCAACUACGUGGCCACAGGUUCAGCUGACCGUACCAUCCGCCUCUGGGACGUCCUGACUGGCAACUGUGUCCGCAUCCUCACGGGUCACAAGGUACAAAGAGUUCAAGGUCACCUGGGGAUCUGUUCUCUCCCAAUAUAAUGUCUAUAGGAUGGUUUGGUGUUGUUCAAGGUCAUGUUCAGUAGGCAUCAAAUGGGAGACAACACCUUGAAAGGGAAGAACUACCUGAAUUCAUUUUAUUUCACGACCCUGAGUAACAUGUCCUUCUGUACAAAUGUAUACUGUAUGUAUAUUUUUUUUUAAAAAGUUAUGUUUGUUGCAUACUGUACACAACAUGAGAGUAAUGUGUGAUGUUACUGAACCUCCAUCUCAAUAAACUGGUUUGGUUCCCAGGGCCCCAUCCAUUCCCUGGCCUUCUCCCCCAAUGGGAAGUUCAUGGCCUCGGGAGCAACUGACAGCAGGGUUCUACUGUGGGACAUUGGUCACGGCCUGAUGGUCGGAGAGCUGAAGGGACACACUGACACCAUCUACGCCCUCAAGUUCAGCAGGGACGGAGAGAUACUAGCCUCAGGUUGGUGUCCCUUUAGUCUACUAACAAUUUAACUGGUAUACAAUAUCCUUUUCACAUUACUGAACCCUGUAUUGUGCUGGCCUGGUCAUGCAUCCACCAUACUUGAUUGAACAAUGUGAAAAGAAAAUAUCUGAGCAAGCACAGUAUGGUUUAGGAGUAAUGUAUGUUUGUAGUUUUCCCCCCUUAUAUAAUGAAAUAUUUUCCAGGCUCAAUGGAUAACACUGUUAAACUGUGGGAUACACUGAAGGCCUUUGAUGAUGUGGAGCUGGAUGAUUUCACCGCGGCAACGGGUCACAUCCAUCUACCAGAGAACUCACAGGAGCUGUUGCUAGGCACCUACAUGACCAAGUCCACCCCUGUCAUUCACUUGCACUUCACCCGCAGGAACCUACUGCUGGCUGCAGGGGCCUACAACCCAUGA